AUGCAGCCCGAAAGAGUCUUUCUUUCAAUCUGCGAUGUUCUGUUUCCCUGUUUCGUUCUUCUGAAUAUCUUUCGCUUUCUGGUUAUUCUUCCGCUUCUAUUAUUAUUCUUUCUGAAAUUCACUACCUUAUUGCCUGUCUUUCUCUUUUCUAAUUCUUCACUUCUCUUUUAUUUUUAUUUUCUCUUUCUUUCUCCUUCGCUUUCUGUUUUUCUGUUUAACCAAUACAUCUAUCUAUCUAUCUAUCUAUCUAUCUAUCUAUCUCAGCCUGUUCAUAUCUAUCUAUCUAUCUAUCUAUCUAUCUUAGUCUGUUCAUAUCUAUCUAUCUAUCUAUCUAUCUAUCUAUCUAUCUAUCUAUCUAUCUAUCUCAGCCUGUUCAUAUCUAUCUAUCUAUCUAUCUAUCUAUCUAUCUCAAUCACUGAUACCAUAAAUUCGGAUAAUUUUACUAAUGAAGUAACCAAUACAUCUAUCUAUCUAUCUAUCUAUCUAUCUAUCUAUCUAUCUAUUCUAUGA